AUGACACGGUCGCGUUCGUUGGGUGUAUUGCGAUCAACCAGGGGAAGUCUUCAGCUCUUCAGCUUCGGCCCAAACAUCGCCCAGGUCAAGGCUUCGGAAAGCUCGAUAUCCGAAGAGAGGAACAAACCAGGUGCGAUGACAAGGGAGACAGAAACUGAAAAUUUAGACUCUGCCGAUCGCGGCUUGACGGCAGAUGUGGUGUUUCAGGGCGUCGCCUUCGAGCAUUUCGGCUCCAUGACGCCCACCUUUGUCCACUCGAAUCUGACAAUUGCAAGUGGGUCAUUUGUAGCCUCUGCGGAUGCUUCCCGCGGCGGCAAGUCCACAACUAUUUCGUUGCUGGAACCAUUCGACAAGCCAUUCGAGGGGACCAUCCUCUUCGGGGGACGCAAAAACGCCGUAUCAAAGUGGCAUAUAACCGCCGAGUCCCGCCUUUGA